AUGGAAUUUGUCUUGGCUGAGGUUGGGAAAGGCGAGAAAAGUUCGCCCUUGCCGAUGGCAGCUGUGCAUGGCCUUGAAGUACGAGUUUUGGGCUGGAACAUUGGCGGCGCGGCUUUGGAGCAGCUGCCUCAUGCUCUUGCCUUGUGCACGGGGGCCCCUUUUAAGGAGUCGGUCCUGCUGCUGCAGGAGUGCCCACGAGUGGCACCGGGAUGGAAAACAGUGAAGUUGGCUGGUCUCACCGUGCUGAGCUAUAGGGGGUCUGAACAGUGGAGAGGGUGUGGGAUUGGUUUUGACCCUAGGGUCUGGGGGCCAGUUUCCAAGAAGCACUCGGGGGCAGGCGUUUGGAUUACACUGAAGCAUUUGGAGUCGGGGGAGAAGAUUGUGUUUGGGUCGGUGCACCUCACUCCAGGCAAGACGCAGGCCGAGUAUGCAGCGAUGGCUGAAGGGUUUUUGCAUGGAAUGCCAAAGCAGAACAGGAGGGUGAUUGUUCAAGGUGAUCUGAAUGCUCCCUUUUCGUGGGACCAACAUGAAUCCGGGGAUGUCGCUUGUGGUUUGGAUGGUAAGGCCUUGCUGGUGCUGGACCUGCUGGCUGGCUCGUCACUUCAGCCUUUGGCCCCGUGCCGAGAGCACCAGGAGUUGCCGACGAGCAGGCCGAGGCAGGAGGGUCGGUCGGGGUCGAGAAUUGACAUGGUUGCAGGCCGAGGGCUUCUGCACAGGAAUGGGAGGGUCUUCCGGGACUCUUGCUUGUCGUUGAACACGGACCAUGAGUUGCUCGAGGGUGUCUUUGGGUUUCCAGGGAAGCGACUCUUCAAGCGGCCCAGUACCAGACCGAGGGUUUGGGUGGGUGGUAUUGGCAGGGUCGAGGGCUUGUCUGUGACGCAGCUGAAGGACUAUGCUCGUGAGUGUACAAAGCCUGUCCCGUCUAGGGCAUACAGAGACAGCAAGGCGAUCAAGGAGGCAUUCCGGCUCGCUAAGGUAUCCAAGUCCCGGGAGCAGUGGAAAGCCGCCCUCAAGGCCAGGAGGGAAGCCAGACGGAAGUGGGAGGAGGAUAGGGUUUGGCGGGCGUCGCAGUGUGACUGGAAGGCCAUCAAGGACAUCAAGUUGGAAGGGCAGGUUUCUUGGGACUCAGGGUUUGCAGACCACCAGACAGAGGAUCCGCAUGAAGUUGUGGCCAGGCAUCUGCGAAAACAGUACGAGGGCCGGCCGACUGCUAGGGUUGUGCAGCCGGGUGGGUCGGUUGUGGCUUUCACGGUGGAGGAGGUCAAGGUGGCAGUGGAUCAAAUGAAGUCCGGGAAAUCAGUUGGAGUGGACUGUACCUGUAAGGAACUCUUCCAGGGUCUUCUGGAGGUCGAAGGUGGGGCUUCUCAUUUGGCAGAGUUUUUCACGCAGAUCCUUGCUACACAAUCGGUACCUGGGGAGUGGAACCAUGUGUUGAUGAUACUCCUUGCGAAGGUGCCGUGUCCUAAGGAGGCGCGUGAUCUGCGGCCAAUUGCUUUGAGCAGUGGGAGCUCCAAGUUGUUCGCACGGCUUCUGCUGAACAGGUGCCUCCCGAAGUUGUCUGCCCGCUCACCUGCUCAAUGUGCACGUCAGCACAGGCAGUGCUCUGACUACGUCUUCAGCAUUUGGCGUAUGUUGGAAUUAUGCAGGGAGUGGCACAGACCCAUAGUCUGUGUCAAAGUGGACAUUCGUAAGGCCUUUGACAGUGUGAACAAGGGUCGGCUGAUUGGCAAGCUCAGGGCUCGACUUGGUGAUACUGCUGAAAUGGCUUGUUGGGAAAGGUUGAUCCUUGAUACGAAGGCCACCUUACUCAGCCCUUGGGGUCACAGUGACUUCGAUCUCUUUACAGGGAUAAAGCAGGGGGCGGUGGAAAGCCCGAGUUUCUUCAGUUUGCUCAUGGAGGAAGCGCUGGAAGAGACUUCCGCGAAGCACUCCUGGCCUCAGGCGCGCCGUGUCUUCGAGGACUUCGAACAUGAAAAUGCUUUGUUCAUGGACGAUGGGCUGUUAUGGGGUCCUGACACAGGGGUGGUAGGGUUGAAACUCGAACAGUACUUGCAGACUCUGGCUGGGUACGGUCUGACGGUGAACAUAGAGAAGUGCCAGUUGUACUGCUCGGCGGAUGUGGAUGGGGCCCGGGAGCUCAAGAUCGCGGGGGUUUGCCUCAAGAGUGUUGAAGCCAUCGAGAUUAUGGGGCUACGUAUGCGGAAGGGUAUGUCCAUGUGUGAAUUGAUCCAGCCCCUCUUGGCCCGGGCUGGCCUCUGGUGCCUGGCGGCACUGCCGCCGGACCGAGCUGCAAUGGGCUUGCUCAACGCCAUGCAGACGGCCUGCGAAGGGGUGGAUGAAGGGUUACGGGUCCUGACGUCCCUGCAGCUUGGGCUUGUGAGUGGCACUGAGCGCGCGCCUGACUCCGUGAUGGUGUUGCACGAUUUCUACAUGUUUGGGGGCGGCUGUCGUCCCGGAGGGAUGUGGCGGCUGCUCGCGGCGGGGCUCCUCGUGGCGAUUCUGCGUAAGUUUGCGGUUGCUGCGAGUGACCCUGUGAUCUACCAACAGUAUGACAAGGGUGUGAUUGAUUGGUGGUUUGGUCAGCCCAGGGUCGGAAGUGAUGAUGCGGUCAAGCUGCCUGGGCAGAGCAACUUGGGGGGAUGGAGCCUCACGAGCCAGGAGGUGAGGAUGCUCGUGGGGUGUUGGUGGAGGUGGCCGAGAAUGCUGCCGGUGGUGCUCCUGUUGGGAGCCGAUGGUGGAGCAGGGCAGCCUGAUGAACCCUUCGGAGAAUGGCCUCCGUUUUGGUUCCACCAUGCCUGUACGGAGCUUGCCGGCAUGCAGGCUAGAGGGGUCAAUGUUGGGGAGGUGCUGACUUACCUUGCUCAUGUGAUUGGGAGUCGCCCUGAUGUCCCUUACUGGCAGUGGAGCAUGAACUUGUACGGGCAGCUUGAGGCAAUGUUGCAUGACUACCAAGGGAACAACGUGCUGCCCGGAGUUGUGUCCGAAGAGGUGCAAACAUGGUGCCGUUACGUGGAUCAGCACGCGCACCAAGAGUUUAUGGCCAUCGUGCACCCACGGCAGCAGGCUGACAUGGACUUGUUGGCCACGGAGGAGGCUGACUUUGACUUGGACCUGGACGAGGACAUGGCCGAGGACGAGGAGGACAGGAGGCACCGUGAAGACUACAAUGAAAGGAGGAAGUUGCCCAUGUUGGUGGCUCAGCUACACGGCUUGGGAGAGCGUGCCUCGUCGAGUCGAACAAGGCCUGCGUGGGUGAUGCCGCCAGAACCGCCGAGGAAGAUGUCCCGACGGGCUACUACGUGGGAGGUGUGGACUGCUCAUGCACUGGACGAUAUGCAGGGCUGGCUCAAUGCAGGGUGUGAUGUGAGCACUGCCCUUGAUGAGCUGGCGAACAGGGUCAUGCAACGAGGCUGUGAGGACUACACCAGAAAUGCCAUGGAGUGCCUUACGGAGCUUCGACAGGACCUCCCUGAAAACCUGCAGGGCCCGAGAAGUGCACGUGGAGUGAGUGAAUGGGCUCGAGCUAUGGAAGAGGACCUGUUCUACGGGUGUUCUGGCUUGGCUCGGACGGGAGGAGUUACGAAUGAGGAGGGCGACUUGGAGGAGGACACUUUCACUGGGGAUGAGGACCAUGGUGACUUCGUGGCCCUGCCCUCGCUCAAAAUGGAUAAAAAGUGGCUUAAGCAGACUGGCAGCCGAAGAAGGCAACGGGCUGGUGACAGGCCGGAGCGACCGGAAGCACGACGUGGUGGCGGCCAUGAAAGAACGACGGCAGCGAAGGCCAAGGCGAGGGCUCCCCAGGGAGAAGGGCACACUACGACGGAAGUCCGGCGUCUGAAGCCAGUUGCCAAGAAGUGCCCUUUCAUCCGAAGGGAAGCUGGGCGGUCGGCUCCAUCGUCAGGGUCGAGGGCAAACCCUGCUCCGACUCAGGACCAGAGGGCACCACUGCCGCGGCCUGCGGUUGCUGCUGCUGCAGCUGAGCCGUCAUCGGGGCCGGAACUUCCUCCCUUAAGUAUGGCAGAAGCAGUGGACACCUGGGUGAUGAUGUUGGGGCUGGCUAGUGCUGAGGAUUUGGAUGCACGCCCAAACACGGUCCUGCCGGGGUACACGAUCUCCAGCAUCACGGAGACACUCUGGAGCUACAGUGCCCGUGAUCGUGUGACGUUGGUUCUAGCAUUCCAACAGCUGAUCCACAAGCUUCUUACGGCGGUUGGGUGUACCAUUCAGUCGGCCAUUGAAGUGGAAGAGAAUAGCCGUGACGGCUUGGUGGAGGUGGAAGUGGACGAGGCAGGCCUGUUCCAGGUGAUGCAGUACAGCAGCUACCACGGGGCAAGCCAGGUGGAGGAGGGUGAUGUUGUCAGUACCAUGAUGACCAAGGGUUUAAAGUACCAGGACAGCAAGUACACACAACAAGAUUGGUGGGAAUGCCUGGCAAACCUGCAAUCUGCACUGACACUGCAGACCAAAGGGGCUCGAAGGGCAAAUAUCAGGUGGAUGAUGAGGAGGCUGCACCACCGUGACACAGAUGUGGUCCACGGCUACUUGCUCGGCCAUGCGCGCAAUCGAGCAGGGGACCUGUUGGCACUGCUGACCGCUAUGUUGGCUGAUGUUGCACAGGCAGAGCCGACGGAGGCAGGUGAGCUUUGGUGUUUGGAGUGGUGGCAGCAGGUGGAAGUCUACCUGCCGAUUGGGCUGUGGUCCAUGGCGGCCCGUGGUGAGGCGGUCCCUCGCAGAGAUCCGGACCCUAUCUUGUUCAUGAGGCCCUUGCCGGACGAGAGCCCAACGGAGGAGGCAGAUGCUUGUGCGACAACUGCCCCGGCUGCUGGUCAGGGGGAAAGUCCCGGGCGUGAUGAGGAAGCAGAGUGGGAUCUACAGCGGUUGCUGGAGGACGAACGGGAGGCUGCCAUUGACAAGGAGCGCCGUGAACGUGAAGAACAUUGGCAUGCCCAAGAAGUAGCUCGGCAGCUUCGAGAGGAAGAACGAGCUAUGGAGGCCUAUCGAACUAUGGUGGCCCGUGAUUGGGAUGAUUGGGCGAUGUGGGACUCGAUGUAUGGACAGCCGAGAGUGCGGAAGAGGGGUCGUCAUGUGGUGGUGGAGCUGUCCUCCGGCAGUAUGGAUGGGCCACGCCUGGCCCGGAAACUACGAGUGCCGGUACGAGAGGGAGAACCUGCAUGGCUCCAGCUGAUGGUCAACAUCGAGGAGAUCUCUGAUGAGGAGGUCCCGCCCACAAUGCCGGUGGAGGACAAGGUGGAGGAGAAUGUGGUGAGUAGCCCAUCUGGAGUCAUCCCACCAAGUCAGGUGAGUACGGUGCCUGUGGGUUCGGGCAUGGGGCCGUUGCUGGCUGAGGGGCCGGAGGCUCCGCUGGACCCGGUGCUGGCCAACAUGCCGAUGGAGGAGUACCAGAAACUUUAUGCACAGUGGCAAAGAGGGGACAUCCAGAGUGCGGCGGUGAUCGAAGGGUUCGGGGAACAGUUGCUUGAGCUCUUCCAGGCCCAGUUUGCCUUGAUGCGAGGCGAAGGUGGGGAUACGUUGCCAGUUCAGGACACCAUGAGCUUGCCUGGGCCUGAUGAUGUGAACACCGAAGACCCCGAGGGAGACCAUGGUAUUCCUGAUACAAUGAGUUUGCCGGGCUACGAGGGGACCGCGAGUGCAGGGAAGGAGGGCGACCUGGGUGACAACUGA